GGAAAAGUUACCUCUCGGCUUCGCUUACAGUACUUUUGCGGCAAGCCCGCACGAUAACAGGUGGGGGAUCCCGCCCCUGGCUUACCAGGAAAGGAAAGUUCAUGCACUUAUCUUAACAAUUGCUGAUAACCGUCGCUGAUCGACGUCAACAAGGUUACUUGCAAGCUUGCCAUUGGAGCUGUAUCUACAACGCUUCCCGGCGCAAUGGAACCUCAUAAUCAUAAUAUGAAGAGGUACAUAAGCUCAGGUCGGCCCAAGGGCUGUGAGGAAAAGUAGGUACAGGCCGUGGCUCUGAACAUCGUCAAUUUACAAUCCUUUCUUCCUGAGCACGCUUUGCUAGGGAAUUGCCAUCAUGUCCUCCGUACAAGAUGCAAUUCCGGGCACAGUUCACCUCGUUGAUGUCGAGGGGACUAUGCAUGCCAAACACUCGUCGGGACGACGAGAUGUUGUGCUUGUUCCUGCGCCCUCGGCCGAUCCUGAUGACCCUCUGAACUGGUCUCCACGACGUAAAUUGCUCUCUACGAGCUGCAUGUGCAUGUAUACGCUCAUGGUUGGUAUCGCUUCGGCAGCGAUUUACUCUGUCUUGGAGCCCAUUUCAGCAGACACCGGCCUGAGUUUGGGUGAUCUGAAUGCAGGAACGGGAUACAUGUUCCUCUUCUUUGGCUGGGGUUGCUUAGUCUGGCAGCCAUUGGCGCUGCAAUAUGGAAAGAGACCCGUCUAUCUCUUCUCUAUCCUUGCGACCAUGGCCAUUAUGCUUUGGGCACCAUAUACCAAAAGUAACGGCCAAUGGAUUGCCAACAAGAUCCUUCAAGGCUUCUUUGGCGCACCCAUUGAAUCACUUUGCGAAAUUUCUGUGACAGACAUUUACUUUACGCAUGAACGAGGCGCAUACAUUGCACUCUACGGAUUAUUCUUGGCGGGAAGUAAUUUCCUUGCGCCCGUUCUCUCCGGCUUCAUCAACGAAGGUCAAGGAUGGAAGUGGGUUCUGUACUGGUGCGCCAUCUUCAAUGCCAUCGGCUUCGUCUAUCUCUUCUUUUUCAUGGAGGAAACCAACUUUGUCCGCACGACACUCACAACUACGGAGCCCCCAUCUGACUGCCGCUUGAACACGCCGCCAUCAGAGGAAGUGCCCGCUCCGGAAACCGAAAAGGAAAAGGCAGUUGAACCCAGAAAUCACACAGUCGAACCAGCCGUAGAAGAGGGAAUCUCCUACAGCUUCAAAAAGAAAACAUAUCUGAACAAACUCGCUCUUUUCCAACAAAGCGAUUUGCGCAAAGAGAACAGCCUGCUCUCCAUGAUGACCCGUCCCUUAAUCUUCAUGACCUUUCCCGUCAUUUUCUACGCCGGCUUCUCCUACGGUUCGAAUCUCAUCUGGUUCAACGUGCUCAACGGCACCGCAUCCCUCAUUUUGGGAUCCAAACCGUACAGUUUCCCUUCCUCUAUGGUUGGCCUAUCGUAUGUCUCGCCGUUGAUUGGUGUCGGUAUUGCUGCCUUUUACACUGGACCUAUUGGCGAUCGAAUCGUACUUAAAAUGGCCCGCCGCAACCACGGAGUCAUGGAGCCCGAGCACCGUCUUUGGCUGUUCACCCCGUCCUUGUUGCUUAUUCCCGCAUUUCUGAUCCUCUGGGGCGUAGGCGCCGCCCAUGCGGUGCACUGGUUCGGUCUCGUAUUUGCCAUGUGCAUGAUUGCCUUGACAAACACGAUUGGUCUGCAGCUCAGUGUCAGCUACGCUAUUGAUUCGUAUCGCGAUUUGAGUGGUGAAGCCAUGAUUACUGUGAUUAUUAUUCGGAAUACCAUGAGUUUUGCCAUUGGAUAUGGUAUCACCCCCUGGGUCACCAACAUGGGUCUUCAAAAUGCAUUCAUUGUUGCCGCAUUUGCCGGACUGGCUCAAUGUUUCACCUUUUUCAUCUUUGUCAAAUACGGCCGCCGACUGCGCGAGCUCAGCAGAGCUCGAUAUUGGCGUUACGUGCAGCAGUCUUCGCGAAUGGGACUGGCUCAUUAAGUCUUCUCUUUUCUUACCUUUCUCCCCUUUGACUUUUGUUUUCUUUCUUUCUCUUCUCCACCUCUUCGCCUUUUAUUGUCACGACUUGUAAUUUUGUUGUAAUGCAUAAAGCAUACCGACAUAAUCAAUAGACCGAAAAUAAAUUAAUAAAUACAGAGACG